AUGGAGCCAAAGGAGGAGGCGGAGGUUUCAACACCUUUAACGAAUGGAGUUGACCACUCUGAAGACCACUCUGAAAAUUCAACCCCAGAAACUCAAGAAAAGAAAGUUUGUGACCCGAUAGCUGAAUGUUUUAUCUGCAAAAAUAUUUACAACUUGCCCAAAGUGCUACCGUGUUUUCACAGUUUUUGUUGCCAAUGCUUAGAGGACCAUAUUUCCAAGUCAUUGAAUCAAAAUGGACAGAGACAUUUUGCAUGCCCAGUGUGUGAGGAGAAAUGUGAGAUUCCUUCUGGAGCACUACCUGGGCAGUACGCUCACGGAUUUCAAGACGAUCUCUUUCUAACAAAACUAGUAGAGUUACAAAGUGCAAUGUGUGAGGGCAAAGAGUGUGAUAUUUGUGAUAGGAGAGAGGAAAAGACACCGGCAUCACACUGGUGUAUGGAUUGCAAUGAUGCCCUCUGCGAUAUAUGCCUCAAGGUCCACCUUCAUGGAAAAACAACGGCAGGACACUCUUGUCUAGCUAUUGCAGAAAUGAGAAAAAUUCCCCUGGAAUCAUUGAUGAAACAAAAGAACAAAGUCCCUUGUUCAAAGCACAAUGAACUCAUAACCUUGUUCUGCGUCGACUGUCGAGAACCCCUUUGUGUUCAGUGCAUGGCUGUGUCUCAUCGCAGAUGUGAAAAUGUUAUCACCGUUGCAGACGCAUUAACUUCUAGGGCAGAUGUCAACGACGUUGUCACCAGACUCCACAAGUUACAGAUGGCCGUAGAGAAUGUAGGUGGAAUAGGUCAGCCAGACAGAACAUUAGAAAGCAGCAUUCAUGAAGCUCAAGAGAGAGUCAACACUGUCUGCGACUCCAUUUGCAAUAGAGUUCGACAGUAUCAGUCAAGUCUAAUAAAGAACCUCCAGUUGCAAGCAGAAAAAGCUAAAGGGCUACUACAAGAUCGCAUCGAGCCUAGAAAAUCAGGGUUGAAAUCAAUAAAGGCUGCAAAUGAUAGGAUGCAGACAAUUUUACGUUACGGAAGCGAUGUCGAGAUACUGCUAGCAUAUAACCAAGUUCGGAAAAAGCUAGAUUCUUGCCAGGGUGCUAUUGGUAACACAGAACAAAAAGCUCCCUCCGUCCGAAUAGAAUUCGUCUUGGACGAAACAGUUGAGCGUUUUAUCGAAAGCUUUGAAAGACUUGGAGAUCUAAUUGUUGAUGAGGGAGAUUCUGACGAAGGAAUUAACUCUUGGGGUGUCACUUGUACUUCAUCCGACGACAUAAUUGUUACAGACUGCAAGAACAAGCGCAUUCAGAAGUUCAGUAAGUUUGGAGAUUUGGUUGAUUACGUUCAGCUUGAGGACGAGCCAAGGGACAUCACUACCUGCGGGAACAGAGAUGAUGUCGCCAUUACAAUGAUAGGCAAGCUCGUCAUCUUCCUGGCCACGCGAAAAACCAUGCAGCUCAUCAAACGCGCAAAGACAGAACGACAAUACGAUGGAAUUUCUUACUCUGAAAAAGAUGCCUUUCUUAUUGUCUCGUCAGUGCGUGACCAGAUAGUUGAUAUAAUCCAUCUUGACGGAAGCAUCCUGCGAUCAUUUGGGGGUGGAGCAGGUGAUCGGGUUCUUUUCAACGAGCCGCGAUACGUAUCGGCAACACCAGAUCGAACUGUAAUCAUAUCAGAUGUCGGUCAAAACGCUGUCAUCUGCAUGGACCAUAACGGAAGAGUCGUUUUCCGGUACAAACCUGAUGGCCCAAAUAGCCUGAAGAAACCACAGGGCGCAUGCGUGGACAAGAUUGGGAACCUCUUUGUAGCCGAUUUCGGUAACAAUCGCGUACAGUUGCUGGCCAGUGAUGGUACUUUUCAGAGACAUGUACUCGGAAUAGAGAGCGCGUUGGAAAAACCCGUGGCAAUAAGAGUAAGCGGAAGCAAUCGGAUGGUAAUAGUUCAGAGUGAUGGAAUGGUUAAGGUGUUUAGCUAUUCAUAGGACAAAAUAUGAAAAAAAAAAAAAGUGAACACUACCAUAUACACGUACCAGUAAAAAUAGUGGUGCACAGCCCUUGUGUCAACAUUUUUUAAUUGCUUUCCAAUGCCAAAUGUCGAAGAUAUUACGCAAACAAACAAAAUUAUCCUUAGCAAAAAUAUCUGGGUGAAGAAAUAAGAUUUAUUGCAAUUUCUUAUGCGUGCAUUUUACCUACA